AACCAAUCAUUUAUUGUUUCUUAUAUUGAUGUCUUCAUUACUUUAAAAAUCGUUGUUUUAGAUAUAAACAUUGUAAUUAAGCUUUAUUAGAGGUUAGCAAGAUUUUCCCGUGGUAACACGAUAAAGCUAAGAGAACUUAAUUAAAGAUGACUGAUCGCAAAGCUGUUGUUAAAAAUGCUGAUAUGUCAGAAGAUAUGCAACAAGAUGCAAUAGAAUGUGCAACAAAUGCUAUGGAAAAAUUUAAUAUAGAAAAAGAUAUUGCAGCUUUUAUUAAGAAAGAGUUUGAUAAAAAAUACAACCCUACUUGGCACUGUAUUGUUGGAAGAAAUUUCGGUUCAUAUGUUACACAUGAAACCAAACAUUUCAUAUAUUUUUAUAUUGGACAAGUUGCCAUUCUUCUUUUUAAAUCAGGAUAAAUUAUUGUUUCUAAUCAAUUGAACAUAAAAAUUUAAAUUAUUUGACGAUUCAUUAUACAUAUUUUUACAGCAGCAUAACUUUGAAAGUAAAAUGGAUGAGCAAACCGUGUAAAGUUACUCAAUAGACUUUUUGGAUUGGUGAGCUUAAAAAGAUCUUUAGCUUGUGGUUAUGUAAACCAUUUAUUUUUAAAAAUGCUUCAAAUAAAUUGUAUAAAAUCAAAACCCUGAAAAUUUAAAUUCUCUAAUAAUUCCCAAUCCAUAUUUACAGAUGCAAAACUUCAACGUUUAGCUCGUGGUUUGUGUUGUGAGCAUUUUUAAAGAUAAUAGUUUAUUACUUGAGAUAUUUUUAAGAAUUGUAUUAAGCAUGUACAGCAAAAAUUUUACCAAGAUUUUUUAGUAUGAUCUACAGUAGCUGAACUAUAGUAAAUAUAUAUAUGCAUUCUA